GGCAGAGCAGGGGGUCAGUGCAGCGCGCGGGGCAGGAACCCACCGACUAUAUAAAUAACCCCCGCGUCGGCGAUGGAGACCGAGCGGAAACCGCUUCUCAGGGACCCCGAGAAAACCAGCUAUCAGUCCGUGGGAAAAGCGCUCCGGGAGGCAGAGAAGGAAUAUGUAAAGACAUUAAACAACAAGAAGAUGUUUGCCGCUGCAUUCUCGGCUGUCCUGGGGAAUUUCACCUUCGGUUACGCCUUAGUCUACCCGUCUCCGGUUAUUCCUGCUUUAGAAAAGAACGUCUACCCAGAGCUACACAUUCAAGCCGCCGAAGUGCCGUGGUUUGGGUCCGUAUUCGCUCUGGGCGCCUGUCUGGGUGGAAUCAGCUCCAUGGUAAUGAACGAUCACCUCGGACGUAAACUCAGCAUCAUGGUUUCGGCCCUCCCAGCGGCCCUCGGAUUCCUCCUCAUGGGCAGUGCUCAGCAUAUAUCCAUGCUCCUCGUAGGCAGGAUCCUGACGGGCUUCGCGGGUGGCCUGACGUCGUCUUCUAUCCCCGUGUAUAUUUCGGAAGUCUCCCACGCCGGGGUUAGGGGGGGACUCGGCGCGUGUCCUCAGAUAAUGGCCGUUUGUGGGGCUCUCGUUCUGUAUGCCCUCGGUCUUGUCCUGCCGUGGAGGUGGUUGGCUGUGGCCGGAGAGGUGCCGGUAUUCGCCAUGCUCGCUCUCCUGUGCUUUAUGCCCGAGUCCCCGCGAUUCCUGAUAUCUAAAAGCAAAGACGAGGAAGCGCUCGAGGCUCUGGUCUGGCUCCGGGGUCCUAACACCUCGUAUCGAGCGGAAUUCGAGAGGAUCAAGAACACAGUGCAAAAGGCUAAGUUUCUGACCUGUGCCGAAAUCUCUGACCCGUAUUAUUACAAACCCAUCCUCAUCGCUGCCCUCAUGCGGUUCCUGCAGCAGAUGUCUGGAAUCACCCCAAUACUGACCUUCCUGGAGUCCAUUUUCGACAGAACCUCCGUGAUAUUGAAGAGUGGCUACGACGCCUCUCUGGUCGCUGUCGUAAGGUUGCUAUCCGUGGCUGUUGCUGCCACCAUCAUGGACAAAGCUGGAAGGAAGAUCCUGCUCUUUACGUCGGGCUCCUUGAUGUUGGUUUCAUCUCUCGCUAUGGGGUUCUACAUUCAUUUCGUUGAUGAGGUCCAACACCACCACAAUUCCACCAACCUCACACUGGCCGGUCUUGGCUCUUCUCCGGAACCCGUUAACUACCUGUCUCUGAUACCGUUAAUCUGUAUUAUGUUUUACAUAAUAGGCUACGCCUUUGGCUGGGGUCCCAUCACAUGGCUACUGAUGUCUGAAAUUCUACCCCUGAAAGCAAGAGGUCUGGCCUCGGGUCUCUGCGUGCUGUUAAGUUGGAUCACCGGGUUCAUUCUCACGGAGGCUUUCAUUCCCGUCGCAAAUGAACUGGGCUUGGAGACGCUUUUCUUCUUCUUCUCCGUCAUCAGCCUGUGUGGUCUUCUCUUCACCCACUUCUGCGUCCCAGAGACGAAGGGACGGACUUUGGAACAAAUCGAGUCUUACUUUCGGACGGGGCGCCGUUCAUUCAUGAGAUAGAACGACGGACACUGAGCGACUCCUAGGCUUAAAUUAUUUUGUUUCCUUCAACUAAUCUUACAAACAAAAGACGAUGUAAGAACUGCUUUGAACCACAAAACGUGGUUGUUUUCCUUGUUCGUGAGGUCCACAGAAGACCUUCCUUGGUGCUCACCAAGCGAUACGCUGACCACUUACCCUAAUUCUACAACGCAGAUGGCUACCCCACUCCACAGCCAUCGGGGGGUAAAUGAGUAGAAGACAACACUUAGGAGACCCUGUAUCUCUAGGGGGAGACUUAGUUCUUAAGGGACCAGUUCUUCAUCACAGGUUCCUGUUGGCUACAGGAACCGUGUGGGGAACGUUGGGGUUUUCUUUUGUCGUAGGCAUUCCAUCCCUUUCCUGAAGCGCUAAGACAUUUACGUAUCACUACAUUCACAUAAAACAUUAACAGUCGCCGUGAAAUUAUUCUCUCUUUAAGAAACUCCCCCCAAAAAAGUCAUCAUGGCCACUGCAGGUAAGCAACGAGCAAAUAAUACUCGUUGCUUACCCACAACGUAGCAACACAAGCGAUAAUUCCACAUUCCGUUAUUUAUUAAAGAGCCUCAAACCGUAAGAGGUAGAAAUGUAAUAUUUUUAUUCACUGCAUAGACCGGAAUUAAAAUGGUGUCAAAAUACCAUCUACUGUAAGAAAGGCUAAAAACACUACUCGCCCUUAAAGUCCUGCGCCCACGCCGUUUAAAAACAAACAUUUAUUCAUCAGCUUGGGUUAAAAAUCAGAAGUUAUCCUGAGGAUCGCCC